UCAUCCAAGCGGAGACCUGGCCCCAAGCCUCUGCGGUCCAGCUCGCCUAGGACGCAAUACCUGAUCCUCUACAAUUUCAUAUCUGCCCUCCUGUGGCUCAUAGUCCUGGGCCGGGUAGUGCUGCUCGUGCCGCUCGUGGGUUUUGGCCGCACCUACGAUGGCGUCGGGACAUUCGCAAAAUGGACGCAAACCCUGGCCGUGCUGGAAAUUCUGCACGCAGCGACAGGUCUUGUGAGAGCUCCUAUCAGCACUACGGGAAUGCAGGUCUCUAGCCGCCUGCUGCUGGUCUGGGGUAUUGUCAACAACUUCCCCUUUCUUGCAAAGAGCGCCGGAUACUCAAGCAUGCUCAUUGCAUGGAGUGUCACCGAGGUCAUUCGAUAUUCAUACUUCGUCGUGAACCUGAGUGGAUACCAGCCAGCUUUCAUUACCUGGUUGAGAUACAACACCUUCUAUGUGCUAUACCCGAUGGGAAUCAGCAGCGAAUGCUGGUUAAUAUACAAGGCAAUUGAGCCAGCAAAGGAGAUCAGACGGGAAUAUGCCUGGAUCUUGCAAGCAAUUCUGCUCAUCUACAUUCCAGGCAAGUCUACUGCUGAAGGACGCUGCUCGUAUAUCCUCUUCACACACAUGAUGGCGCAGCGGAGAAAGGUGAUGAGAGGGAAGCAG